GGACCUGAGGAUAAAACUUGCUCUAGUGCCAACUGCUUCCCAUGGACUUCGGUUUUCAGCGCACUUGCUCAGCUCAGGUCGAGAUGGGCGAAGGAUGUUCCCUAGAGGCAGUUUGCCAGCGUCAGCGGUUGUCUGCACGAGCUUCCGGUCCUGCCUGGGACCCAGAGGCAGGCCGGUCAGAUGCCGGGCGCCAGGGCCCAGCAAUCGGGCCAGGGUGGGAGAGGAGCCUGCCUGCUGGCUGCUUUCCUACUCUGUUUCAGCCUCUUGCCAGUACAUGCCCAGGACUACACGGCCCCGCAAAGAGCUCCACCCACGCUGGAUGCCUGGCCCGAACCAAACGGCCUAAAUUCCCAGUCGAAAGUAUGUGGCAGGACCAACUUCCAAGGGAAGAUCUUUGGUGGUCAGAUGGCAAAGCCUGCGCGGUGGCCAUGGCAGGCCAGUCUGCUUUUUCGUGGCAGUCAUAUCUGUGGAGGAGUUCUCAUCGACAAAAACUGGGUAGCCAGCGCUGCCCACUGCUUCCAAAGGUCCCGGAAACCAUCGGACUACCGGAUCCUGCUAGGGUACAACAAUCUGGGCCGUCCCAACAACUUCAGCCGGCAGAUGACGGUGAAUGCACUCAUCUUCCAUGAGAACUAUAACAAGUUCUACAAACAGGGGAGCGACAUUAUCCUGAUUCAGCUGCACAAGUCUGUGACAUACAGCUCUCACAUCUUACCGGCCUGCGUGCCAGAGAACACCAUGAAUGUGCCCCUUGAUAGUUCCUGCUGGAUCAGCGGCUGGGGGCAGCUGGAAGAGGAUAAGUUCCUGCCAGCACCUUUCCCUCUGCAGGAGGCAGAGGUCUUACUCGUGGACGACAAGGAAUGUGAAGAGUUUUUCCAGACUCUGGAAACCAGCCCCACUAAAUAUAAAGCUAUCAAAGAAGAUAUGGUGUGUGCCGGGGACAUUAGCAACGAGAGAUCCAUCUGCCUAGGAGAUUCUGGGGGUCCCCUCGUCUGCUCACUGAAUGGCUCCUGGUAUGUGGUCGGGCUGGCCAGCUGGAGUGGAGCAUGCCUUGAGCCAGUUUCCAGCCCCAACAUUUUCACCAAAGUCUCCUACUUUUCCGACUGGAUCCAUAACAAAAAGAAAGAAACACCUGACGCCGACCCCUACUUGGCGCCCCCUGAGGAAAGUGCCCCCACUCUGGUGGGCUGGAGGAGUUAUGGCAGUGACCCUGCCACCAAACCCAGGGUCUGCGUGACUCUGCUGUCUUCCCAAGCCCUCCUCCUGCCGUUGAUUUGGCUCCAGAUUCUGUGAUGGCCCCACAGAGCUAUGCCAGCUGCCAUGGUCAGUCAACCUUGUCAUCAGGCGCCACCUUGAAUGCUUCCAUCUGUCUAUCUCAGCGUGUCCCUGCUCCAGG